CCUCACCGCCACCCCCACCUCCUCGCACCUCACUCCACCAUGGCUGACGACGGCGGAGCGGAGAGCCAGCCGCUCAUGUCCAUUGAGGACAUCAACAAGGCACUCGAGUCUGAGGACCAGACCGAGCGUAUCCGGGCAAGGACAGCACGCAUCGAGCAGCGCAUUCUUCGCCGCAAGCAGAAGACACAGGGCAAGGCCAACGUCCAGUUCACCACGGCACAGGCGCAGGAGCGCGAGUGGGACACCCAAGCCAAGGCGCAGCUGCGAGCAUCGCGCAAAGCACUGGAUGCGCUCAUUACUGCCUCGCAGCGAACGGUGACCGACAUCAGAGUCGAGGGCGAUUACCAUGAGGCAUCCGUGAGGGUCGAGCAAGGCGGCAAGAAGGAGGACCGCCUGUUCCAGCUCAACGAGCUACGGCAAGCGUCGUCAGAGGCAAAUGCGGCUAUUUCGCUCAAUUGGGCCUCGCUUCGGGAGCAUGACGUGCCACAGAGCUUGCUCGCUGCGCUGAUGGAGCAAAAGGCGCGGUGCGACGACGUCAUCGCCGCCAAGGACAACGUCGUGGCGGGCCUCACCGCUGAGCUCGAGGCGAAGGACGAAGAGUACGUAGCCGAGCUGAAGCGGCAAGCCGAGAAGAUUGACGAGCUCCUCAACCGCAUGGCCGAGUCAUUCAAGGAGCUACAGGCCGCGUACGACGCUCAGCUGGCCCAGCUGGAGGAGACGUUUGAGACCGAGCUCGCCGAGCUGCACGCCUCCAACUCGGCCGAGGUCAAGGUGCUCAUGGAGAAGCGGGCCAAGAUGGAGGAGAAGUUCAUGCACGACCGACUUGCCCUGCUCAAGGCCAACCAGGACGAGGUGGAAGAGCUGCAGCGCCAGCAGGGUGAGGGCAUCAACAUUGUCACCAUCCGUCUGCAGACCUCGGUACAGGUCCUUCGCCAGCAGCUGGAGGAGAUGCGGGCGACAUACGCACUCAACUCGCAGAAGCUCGAGUACAACAUCAAGAUUCUGGACCGCCGCGAGUUUGAGAACAACCUCACCAUCUCGCAGCAGAAGCGCAAGAUCAACUCGCUCGGCGACCAGGUGGCAGCGCUGCGGGCAAAGUACGAGAAGCAAGACAAGGAGUACCGGUACCAGAACCAGAAGCUGACCAACGACUACAAGCGCAUCACCGACCAGUACAAGGAGCUGCAGCGCAAGUUCAAGCACUUUCAGCUUGCUGAUGCCAAGAAGUUCAAGGAGGUAUGGGACAUGAACGAGGAGGUCGUGGCCGAGUACAUCGGCAAGACGCUCCAGGCCGAUGCCAUCAUUUUUGAGCAGCAGCUCGGCCUCAAGUGGGAGCCGCCAGCCCAGGACCUGUUUACCAUCCGCGAGCAGGCACUCCCUAUCGACGCCGAGGGCCACCCAGUCAUCCCGGUGGCCGAGCGUGAGGCCGCCGGCGAGGCUGGCCCGCUAGGUGGGCGGACCGGCUCAGGCUCGAUGGCUGGCGGCGGCUCAGGCGCCGCCCCAGGCUCGUCUGGACGGGUCUCGGUCCUCGCCCACGACGGCUCUUCGGGCAUUGCUCGUGCCAUUCUUGACAUGCUCUGCGACGAAGCAGGGUUUCUCGUGGAGGAAAAGGUGCAGGCCAUGCUCGACCCGCUUCCGCGCGACGAGCAGAACCUACUCAUGAUCAACUCUAUUUUCAAGGCGCUCAAGGUUGAGUCACGGGCGGAGAUCGACAAGCUGCUGUCAUACUUUGUGACCUCCCCCGAGGCCUUUGCCGUCGGCGGGCUUUCGCCGUCGGCGCAGGGUCUCGUUGCCUCGUCGGCCACCAUUCACCCCAACGACAUCAUUCCGGCGCUGCGGCGGUUUGUUCAGGACCACAACCGCGAUCUUGACCUCUCGCGCCAGUCGACCAAGCGCUCGACCUCGCUCAUGUUCAUGCGCGAGCAGAAGGCUGUUGCUCGCCGGCUGGAGCGCGAGUACUGGGAGAAGCUCUCGGGCAUCAUCUCGGACAAGACGUACCGCGUGUGGCAGGCCCUGUACAAGGGCCUCACCGCGUACCACGAAGUCCUUGAGCAGCGCGCCGAGCUCCUUGACGAGACCGACGCCAUCCGCCAGCAGAACUACGAGCUCAAGAAGCUGCUCAACAUGUAUGUCAACCAGGGCGUCAACGACGAGCUCUACGUUCCGCCCUACGCUACCCGUGGCUUUCUGGAUCCUGAUGCCGGUCCUGGGUCGCAAGCUGCUGCGUAAAACACGUCUGCAC